ACGAGUUGAAUGAGCUCACUACAGAAUUACGAGAAUUAGAAGAGCGUAGUGCUAGAUGCCAAAAAAACCAAGGAGAAAGAGGAUGACAGAAAUGUAACUGAAGAAAAAAAAAAUCAAAGAGGAUAUGGAAGCUAAGGAAUAUGAGAAUUUGGAAGGAACUGGGGAAGCCGAUUUAUGUGAUGACUUUGUGAUGAGCGCAAGAGACAUGAGAAUUUUAGAAGAUGCUCGAGAUGUUUCUCAAAAAGAUGAAGGUGGUAAUGAGAAUAACAGAGAAACACCAUCUAUCAAACGGGCUGUCGGAAAGAGGGAGAGGAAGGAUGAACCCUCUGUUACUUCACCUUAUAUGCCUCUAGAUCAACCAAAGGAAGGCACAAAGAAGAGACGUGUCAUCCAGAUAUUGGAUAGUCCUGAUGGGAAAAAAAAGUACAAAAAUGAAGAAGGCUUCAUACCUACAUCUAGAGACUAUCCAGGUAAGGCACUGGCGUUUGAUUAUGAGAACAAAUUAAUUGAAGACUUUCUACAAUCGAGAAUGAACAGGUAACUGUUACUGACUUAUUCUAAUAAUAAUCUUUGAAUUUACUUAAUUCUAGUAGCAAUUUUCUCACAAUG